UGCUGAGCAGAGAGAAAGGAGCUCGGUUUUGUGCUUAGUUCUUGUUUGUUUUUGUUACCUGCUGCUAUCCAGCACCAGUUACCCGUGAUGGGUCUGCCCAACUCCCAUCCUACUGGAACCCAGGAGCACAGAAACGCCUUCUCUUCUCUGAGCUGGUAAUUGACUCACCUCCCACCUCCACAUCUCCUAUCCUCCUUCCCACGACAAGCGAUGAAACCAUUUUUUUCCAGAUCACAUGAGCCAAGGUGUGGGGGAAUCAUCUCAGGAGCAGAGAUUCAUAACCGGCGGUGAUCAAAGGACAUUAUGGGUCGAAACCUUGAGGACUUUAUAAAGGGAUGAACUAUCAGCUGGAGCAGAAACCCUUCUUAGCAGUGAAUUGUCCUCAGGAAGUGGCCAGAGAUAUGACUGAAGAAAGUGUCACCAGACAGCUGAGUGCCCCGAUCCACACAUUCGUCUAUUUCGUCAUUGCUGUUCUUACCCUCUGUCUUCUCGCCGCUCUGGGAGUCAUCGUAGUCUUAGUACUUCAGCGGACGGGAUCGACUGCCCAGUGUGAUGGACAAAGGACAGAGCUCCAGGUUACAGAGACGAAGCCAGUUGCAGAUGAGAAAGCGGCUGCACAUCUUCAAGCGUUAAAGCCAAUCAACCAAUCACAACUGAAGUGGAAUUCUGAAGGCAUUUUGCACAACAUCCAGUGGGCCGAUGAAAAUUUGGUGAUCCAGAUGACUGGAGCAUAUUUCAUCUAUUGCCACUUGUACUUUUACAAAGCCAAGUGUCAAAAUGAUGUGAUUGACAUCAAGAUAACACUGCUUGUCAACAACGUUGCCAGGAAGGAAAUGGUCGUCAAUUUGUGCAGUUCUCAGGAGCUGUGCGAAGGGAUAAACCGCGACAGCUUCAUCAGUCUUCUGGUGGAACUGAAUAAGGGGGAUCUGAUAGCGGUUCAUGUUGACCCAUUCAGAUAUUUGGAUGUAGACACCUUCCCAAAAAACAAUGUUUUAGCAGCCUUCAAGUACACUGGCGAAGAAGAACAGAGCUACUUCAUUAACAGAGUACCUGCGGCCAGCGAGAUGCCCAUGGGAAGCCCGCCACAGCAAGUGGCCCUGGGAUGCCCCGAGGUGACGGUGCCCCUGCAGGAAUGGACGGCGGCUGAGGAGGGCUACAGGUGGGGCAAGAGGCAAGGCCAGGGGGCAGUGAGGAAGCUGUGGUGCCUGGUGAUUUUCUGCCUCCUGUUCGAGCUGUUCUUGGCUCUCCCGGUGCUCUACCUCCUGGACAAGAACCUGAGGUCCACGCAAGACCAGGCGGGCGGAUGCCGGCGCCCCGAUCCGUCCCAAGGCGAGCGAGCUGGACAGCAGGAGCGCUACGUGCGGCGCCCGACUCCUCUGGCCGCCCGGAUGCGGCGGCGGCGGAGUUUCAUUGAGGGGCGUCGAGGCAGGCUGCUGCCCUUUGCCUUCGUCCUCCAGGUGCUCAAAAACACCUGA